AUGCAACAAGACCAAGAACAGCUCCGGACAAUAAAUGAAGAACUUAAUUCAGAGAAUAACAAAAUUCUAAAGCAGAAGGAAGAAGCUGAGGCCAAAAGCCAGCAGGAAAGCACGGAAAAGGUAGCGCUGAUUUCUGCGCAAAGCAGAUUGCUCUCUGCAGUGGAGGCAGCGCAGGCAGACUUGCUGAAGAUAACUCGAGAAAAUGAAGCUCUCAGGUCCUCAGAGUCAACCUUGCUCCAGCAGCUGAAAGAACUUCAGGCCAGCAAAGAUGCCAUGGCUGUGGUAUGCCAGAGACACAUCGAAGAACGGGAAGAACUUGAGCAUUAUCAGAAAAGCCUUUUGGAAGAGAAAGAUGCAAUUGUUAAAGACAAAGAUGAAGUUAUUCGGAAGCUGGAAAGUUCUUGUGAGGCCCUGGCCAGAGAUCAGAGAGAGCUAGUGCAAGAAGUGUCAACUCUGACUGCAGAGAGAGAUUCAGCCCUAGGUAAACACUUGGAUCUUAAAAAUGCACAUACAGCCUUAAAAACCGAAAUGGACCGUCUGUUGCAGACAAGUCAGAGUCUGCAGUCCGAGAAGGAGUUGCUCCUUAAAAGCACAGAAGAGCUGCGUGUGAGUUUAGACAAGAGGGUCAGUGAUGGCCGAGCGUUAAAAGUGAGAAUGGAAGAGAUGGAAGCAGAACUCGAGGCCGAACGUCAAGAACGGAAAAAAGCGAUGGAAGACAGUAUGGAGUUGAAGGAUUCCCUUGCUCGUCUCUCUCAUCAUCUUGAGGAGAUGAAAGCCUCAAGAGAGGUAUCCAAUUCUGAAUGCGUUCAGUUACUUCAAGAGAAAGAGGCUCUGUCUUCAUCAGAACGAAGGCUUUUGGCUGAAAGGGAGGAACUUUUAAAUGAAAAUAAGGCAAUUUCUGAAAAGCUUGCUACAGCCACAGCAGACGCCAUACUCGCCGAGAAGGUCCUCACUGAGAAAAUAAACGAGCUGCACUUGGAAAAGGAAUCUGUUUUUCUUAAGUCGUUGCAGUUUGAAAAGCACAAUGAAGCUCUUCUUCAGGAGAAGAGUGAAUUGGAGAACAAAUACUCAGAGCUUCUUGAUGAAAACGAGUCUUCUGCAAAGGCAAUUUCCGAUAUGAGGAGAGAACAUGAACUGGAUGUCUCGGCCAGGAGAGCUCUGGCCCAGGAGAAGGCCAUGCUCCAGGAGUCCAUUGAAGCUCUCAAGGAAGAACUAAGCAAGAAGAAUCUAGAAAAUCAGGAGCUCCUGGCCUGUAAAGGUGACCUUUCAGAUCUUCUGAAGGAGGCCCAGGAUGCCAAGAGAACGUUAGAAAAUGACCUGGCUGCCGCAUCACAAGCCAGGCAGGUCCUGUCAUCUUCAUUCAAGGCCUGUGCCUCUGACAGGGAGAUGCUGACACGAGAGAGGGCUGAACUGCAGGAUGAGUGUCAGAAAUUAAGCAGAGAGGCUGAGAUGAUGAGAGACGACUUAGCCGUGGAAAGGGAAGCUAGAAAACUGGACACAGAAUCGUUUUUGUUGGAAUGUAUGGCACUUCAAAGCAACCUCAGCUCCUUGGGGAAGGAGAUGGAAGAGCUGCAGGAGAAAAACAAAGAAUUGCUGGCUGAGAACAAACUUUUGGUUCAGGGGAAAGAAGAAUCUGAAACUAAACUGGUGGAAAUAAUGAAAGAAAAAGAAACCCUCUGUGCAGAGAUGGAGCAGCUCACCAAGAGUAUGGAACGGCUGCAGAGUGACUUUCUGUCCUUGUCUGCGUGGAAAGCAGAGCUCCAGGAGUUGCACAGCUCUGUCUGCGAGAGGCUAGGUGACCUUCAGCACAGGCAUGAGGUGACCCAGAGGGAGAGAAUACAGUUACUUGAGGAGAAGGACAGCCUGCUUGCUGAACAGAAGAAUCUGGUCACCAGUAAGGAAGAAAUACUGAAAGAGAAGGAGAAAUUCUCCAAGGAUUAUGAUAAACUGCAGGAGGAAGUAACACUUUUAGCACAGGCUAAUAGUGACCUCUCAGGCAAAUUGCUGGUCUCUCAGGCCAAAAAUCAGAGGCUGCAGGAGGAGAUGAACAAUCUGGCUUUGACACUAAAAGAAACUGAGACUCUCCAGGCCCAAACGAGCAGUCUGUUGGCAGUGAAUAUCUCUUGA